AAGACCCGUGAAUUCCCAGUCCGGGGAUCAUUUCCAUUCGACGUAACCCAGAGCCCAAUUUUCGAAAUAAUUUUGGGCAGUCAAUGCUACGGAUUAUUAAUCGCCUGCAUGUGGAUCCUCGUCUUCGACACAUUGCUUCUAGGAUUCAUCCGAUGGAUCAACGUGCAAUUGAUGAUCCUCCAAGCGAAUUUCCGUCAUUGCAAUGACAUCACUACAUCCCGCGCCAGUCUUUCAGUAUCUCAGCAAAACUACAACAUCAUCCAGGCCUACCAAUUCUUAAAAGUCCCCGAGGAGCAAGAGGAAUUCCGGUCCUUUGCGCCGUUUACUCUCGAAGAAGCUAACGUUCCAGCGGAUUCAUUUCUUCUGAGAUUCCGAGCUUGUGUCAUCCAUCAUCGACGGCUCAUCGACAAUCUCAACGACUGCAAUAGCUUGUUCACCGUUGUGUUGUUUGGGCAGAUAUUUUCAAGUUGUAUUCUCAUCUGCGUUGGACUUUUCGUCCUUGUUGUGUCGCUGCACGAAAACAGAAACAUCUUCAAAGAUAUCGUUAUGUUGGGAUAUGGAUUGGUCCAUUUAUUUUACUGGUGCAUCUACGGUGAUCAACUGAUGAUCGAGGUAAUUAUUCCUAAUUGUAAUAGUCAAUUUAUUUACGAAUGCGGCUGGGAAAAUAAUUUAUCUAGAAAAUCUAAGCGACUUAUAUUGAACGGCUUAACACAAGGAUUGACUCCUCUA